AUGCAAAGUGGCAUUCUCGCUACCGGCGGCGCUUGCCAAGUACAAUCACACGGCUAUCAAUCUUUGAUGGUUUCAUCGUCGUCGAUAUAUAUGUACUCGUCCGUCAAGGGCGGCGCUUAUUUACUUGGCGGCCUGGUUUCCCAUUUCUGGCCUCGCCUGGUGGAGCAGCUGUCCAUAUUCCCAAUUCUUCUCAUACAACUACAUCCAUCGCCCUCUCUAGCCGCUGCUUCCAACUUGAUCAAUCUCGUCGAGUGCUUCAAAUGCGGACAUGCGGCUACACAGCAACAGGACGUCUGA